CCGCGAUCUGCGGCGGCACAACUUGCUUACUCGUAGUAUCUGGAGCUAAGGAACUUAGUCCACAGUCCACCGUACACCGGAUCUGUAAUCACCCUCUUUUGUCUUCGGAGGGAGUUGGCUGUGGGUAAAUGUAUGGAGAAAAACAAUCAUGAGGGGGAUCUCCACGGCGCUCUGGAGGAGAAGAGAAAAUGACAAACGCUGCUCAGCUUGUUCCUCCCAUGACCCGUGCGGAUGGUCAUACCGAUGGAGAAAGCGCAAACGCCCCAUGCUCACGCGAACACACUUUCCUCUGACCAGAGGUUCCCAAUAAAUUACUAGUACUCAUGGGCACUAAGGAUCAACACCGGCUCUGCCACACCCGCAGGCACCAGGAACUUUCUGUCAUCUGCUUGGGCUUAACAAAACCCCGCCUCCAAUCACAAGAGGCUCUCUCAUUCUCUCGUAUAAAUACUGGGUGAACUUCUCCCGAACCUCCAUCUUUACAUUCACCCACCCACUACUAUUACUACUACUACGACGACGACAGAUCUGGGUUCUUUCUUUGAGUACGCAGAUCUGCGUCCAUAUCAUAUUAAUUAUUCAAUUCACGUUGCCCCCUCCUCCCUCAGUACUCACCACCAUUUCGCCACCAUAGCGUGUCGACACACCCUCGCGGGGGUGUGAUUAUCAUCUCUCGGAUGACAGACGUUGCCACCCGAGUCAAGCAAAUUGGCUUGACUCAGGUAUACACCUCCAAGGAGAAGCCUCUGGUUGAUAUUGUUCUUGUACAUGGAUUGAACGGUCACCCCUACAACACCUGGGCGACCCAGGGGAAUCCGCCCGUUUUCUGGCCAGCUGACCUUCUCCCGGAAGUGUUGGAGAGUAGCCGAGUGCGGAUCUUGACAUAUGGAUAUAAUGCAAACGUUGCAUCUUUCACCGACGGCGCUUCGAGAGAUCGCAUUCACCAUCAUGCCGAAACGCUUGCCUCGGGCCUGGCGGCGAAUCGCAAUCUUCGGAGCUGCUCGGACCGCCCUAUAAUCUUUGUCUGUCAUUCACUAGGUGGCUUGGUGGUUAAGCGUGCUCUAAUUUACUGCAAAAACGUUUCGGAUGCGAAGAUCCAGCAUCUUCGGUCCAUCUACGUUUCCACUUAUGGAAUCCUCUUCCUCGGGACGCCUCACAACGGCUCCGACAUCGCAAAAUGGGGCUUAUUACUGCAGAAUAUCUGCAGUGCGGUUCUGCCGAAAAAAUACAUGGAAACGUCCUCCCAGCUUGUCAAAGCCUUGAGAACGAACAAUGAAACGCUGCAGAAUAUCAACAGUCUAUUUGCCGACAUGAUGAGCAGAUUCCAUAUUUACUUCUUUCAUGAGACCCUUUCAACUGAUGUUAAGGGGACUCGUGAGUUGAUAGUGGACGAGAGCUCGGCCGCGCCGUAUGCGGAAGGCGUAGAGCGCAUGGGCAUUGAAGCAGAUCAUCGGCAUAUGUGUAAAUUCGAGGACGAGAACGCGCCUGGUUAUGAGGCAGUUGCAGAAGCUCUCCUACGAUACUCCCGCGAUGCACCGGCUACUAUCUUGGACCGAUGGGCGGAGGAGGAACAAACCCGCAGAGCCGCAACACAAAAUAAGCUCAAGGAUCUUCUUAGGAAUGAGAGGCCAGACAGUACGUCGCAAAUGGAGGGGAGUGAGCCGGAUCUUCACAGAAUUGGUAGGACACAAUUUCUUCCUGAAAAUACCCCUGCUACAUCUUCUCGUACCGUGAAGGCAUAUGAGGUCGAGGAAAAUCCGGAGAUUUUAUAUGCUAGUAAACACAUUUAAGAUUCGCUAUUAUCUCUACGUGCGUGACGACGUUGGGCAACAGCGGUGGACAAAGAAUCUGAAAGAAACAAGAAAGAAACAAGAAAGAAACAAGAAAAAA